UUGAGUCAGGGUAUGUCAGUCUAGACUCGAAACUUGCUUCGCACUCCAUUGCAUCAGGAACUUUUGGUCGGCUUUACACGUCUCGCCUUGAAAGGCGAUAAAUCGGCGGCAAGAUGUCGGUCGCCUCUAAGAACCCGUUCGACCUUCUAGGUAACGACAUUGAGGAAGAUGGCGAUAUCAAUCCGGCGCCCGUGAAGACGGUCGAGAAGACGUCGACCCAUACUACCAAGCGCAACACCGACGGCGUGGCUCCCGCGACCAAGUCUCCUGUUGUUCAGGUUGGCAACCGUCGCGGUGGAGGUGUCGGCGGCAAUGAGGCUGCUUUCCGCGACCGCAAUGCCGGCGCGGACCGCAACCGCAGCAAGCCUAUCGAUGAGGCUGGUGGCCGUGGCGCCCCGCGCGGCGGCGUCAGCGCUCGUGGCCGAGGAGGCCGUGGCGGCAGAUACGCUCGCACUCAGGAUGACCGUCACACUAAGGGUUUCCACACUGGAUCCGAGAAGCAGGCUGCCCAGUCGUGGGGUUCCCCUGCCGAUGGCGAGGGCGAGCGCAAAGACGAGGAUGCCGGCGAGGCCAUCGCCAAGACCGAGCUGACCGAGGACGCUGCCGAGGCCGCUGCCGCUCCUGCUGAGGCCACCGAGGCCACCGCCGAGGGAGCUGAGGGUGCCGAGGCUACCGAGGAGGAGAAGCUGAUCAGCUACGAGGAGUACCAGGCUGAGCAGCAGGCCAAGAAGGCCGCCCUCGAGGCCGAACUCGCAUUGAACCUCCGCAAGCCCAACGAGGGUGUCGAGGACCCUAAGUGGGAGAACGCCGUCGCCAUCGAGAAGGACGACGAGGAGGUUUACUUUGAGGGAGACGAGUCCAAGCAGAAGAAGCAGAAGGCUGCCAAGCAGAAGCAGAAGAAGCAGUAUGUGGAGCUCGAGAACCGGUUCAUUGAGACCCGCUCCAUGCAGCAGGAUCGCCCUCGCGGCGGCCGCGGCGGGCCUCGUGGUGGUGCCCGCGGAGGAGACUUCGGAGGCCGUGGACGUGGUGGCGGCCGUGGCCGUGAGCCCCGUGGCGACUUCGCCGGGCGUGGCGACUUCACUGCCGGACGUGGCCGUGCCAGCGCGCCCAACACCCCCAACCCCAGCAAUGAGGCCGAGUUCCCGAGCCUUGGAAGCUAGAUGCCUGGUCUUGAGACUCGGCUAUGACUGUAAAAAGUCGAACAAUGUUGCCAGAGGCUCUUCACCCCUUAAUUUCUGUCUAGAAGCAAAGGGUAGGUAAUCGGAGAAGAGGGAACAAAAGGAGUUAUUC